CCCCCGCCGGGCUCGGUGGACCCGGCGCCCGGGGCCGCGCACGCCCCCUCCGCGAGCCGGGACCCUGGGCCGCGCGCGCCCCGCGCCCCCUCCCCGCCCGUCGGGCGCGCGCGCUGGCUCCCGCUCCCGCUCCCGCUGGCAGCGGCGGCGGCGGGGAUUGUUUUUGUUGUCGCUGAGGCCGGAAGAGCCGCGGGAGCCGGGUCCCUGUCCCCGGGCCGGGCGCCGCCGCCGCCCCCUGCCCAGCGCCCGCGCCUCCGCGGCGCCCCCCCAGCGCCAAUAUUCCGGAGAUCAAGCGUUACGCGGCGGCGGCGGCGGCGGCGGCGGCGGCGGCGGGGCCCGGAGCGGGAGGCGCCGGGGACCGGGGCGAGGCGGCCCCCGCCGCCGCCAUGGAGGCGCUGGGACCUGGACCUCCAUCCAGCCUGUUUCAGCCACCUCGUCGUCCUGGCCUUGGAACUGUUGGGAAACCAAUUCGACUGUUAGCCAAUCAUUUUCAGGUUCAGAUUCCUAAAAUAGAUGUGUAUCACUAUGAUGUGGAUAUUAAACCAGAAAAACGGCCUCGUAGAGUCAACAGAGAGGUAGUAGACACAAUGGUACGGCACUUCAAGAUGCAAAUAUUUGGUGAUCGGCAGCCUGGCUAUGAUGGCAAAAGAAACAUGUACACGGCACACCCACUGCCAAUUGGACGGGAUAGGGUUGAUAUGGAAGUGACACUUCCAGGUGAGGGUAAAGACCAAACCUUUAAAGUGUCUGUUCAAUGGGUAUCAGUUGUGAGCCUUCAGUUGCUUUUAGAAGCUUUGGCUGGGCACUUGAACGAAGUCCCAGAUGACUCAGUACAAGCACUUGAUGUUAUUACAAGGCACCUUCCCUCCAUGAGGUACACUCCAGUGGGUCGUUCUUUUUUCUCACCUCCUGAAGGUUAUUACCACCCUCUGGGAGGGGGCAGAGAGGUUUGGUUUGGCUUUCACCAGUCUGUGAGACCCGCUAUGUGGAAUAUGAUGCUCAAUAUUGAUGUAUCUGCAACUGCUUUCUACCGGGCUCAGCCUAUCAUUGAGUUCAUGUGUGAGGUUUUAGACAUUCAGAACAUCAAUGAACAGACCAAACCUCUAACAGAUUCCCAGCGUGUCAAGUUUACCAAAGAAAUCAGAGGUCUUAAAGUUGAGGUGACCCACUGUGGACAGAUGAAACGAAAAUACCGAGUUUGUAAUGUGACUAGACGGCCAGCUAGUCAUCAAACUUUUCCUUUACAGCUAGAAAAUGGUCAAGCUAUGGAAUGUACAGUAGCCCAGUAUUUUAAGCAGAAGUAUAGUCUGCAGCUGAAAUAUCCCCACCUCCCCUGCCUCCAAGUGGGACAAGAACAAAAACAUACAUACUUGCCACUUGAGGUCUGCAAUAUUGUGGCAGGACAGCGAUGUAUAAAGAAGCUCACGGACAAUCAGACUUCCACAAUGAUCAAAGCGACAGCAAGAUCUGCACCUGACAGACAGGAAGAAAUCAGUAGACUGGUGAAGAGUAACAGUAUGGUGGGUGGACCGGAUCCAUACCUUAAAGAAUUUGGCAUUGUUGUCCACAAUGAAAUGACAGAGCUCACAGGCAGGGUACUUCCAGCACCAAUGCUGCAGUAUGGAGGCCGGAAUAAAACGGUAGCCACACCCAACCAGGGUGUCUGGGACAUGCGAGGAAAGCAGUUUUAUGCUGGCAUUGAAAUUAAAGUUUGGGCAGUUGCUUGUUUUGCGCCUCAGAAACAAUGUAGGGAAGAUUUACUAAAGAGUUUCACUGACCAGCUCCGUAAAAUCUCUAAGGAUGCAGGGAUGCCCAUCCAGGGCCAGCCAUGUUUCUGCAAGUAUGCACAGGGUGCGGACAGCGUGGAGCCCAUGUUUAAACACCUGAAAAUGACAUAUGUGGGCCUACAGCUCAUAGUGGUUAUCUUGCCUGGGAAGACACCAGUGUAUGCGGAGGUGAAACGUGUUGGAGAUACCCUUCUGGGUAUGGCCACACAGUGUGUCCAGGUAAAAAAUGUGGUGAAGACCUCACCCCAAACCCUUUCCAACCUUUGCCUGAAGAUAAAUGCAAAGCUCGGAGGAAUUAACAAUGUGCUUGUACCUCAUCAAAGGCCCUCGGUGUUCCAGCAGCCUGUCAUCUUCCUGGGAGCCGAUGUCACGCACCCCCCAGCAGGGGAUGGGAAGAAGCCUUCCAUUGCUGCUGUCGUUGGCAGUAUGGAUGGGCACCCCAGCCGGUACUGUGCCACCGUUCGGGUGCAGACCUCCCGCCAGGAGAUCUCCCAGGAGCUCCUCUAUAGUCAGGAGGUAAUUCAGGACCUUACUAACAUGGUUCGAGAGCUGCUGAUCCAGUUCUACAAAUCCACACGCUUCAAACCCACUCGGAUCAUCUAUUACCGUGGAGGGGUAUCCGAGGGACAAAUGAAACAGGUAGCUUGGCCAGAGCUAAUAGCAAUUCGGAAGGCAUGUAUUAGCUUGGAAGAAGAUUAUCGGCCAGGAAUAACCUAUAUUGUGGUGCAGAAAAGACAUCACACACGACUCUUCUGUGCAGAUAAAACAGAAAGGGUGGGGAAAAGUGGCAAUGUACCAGCAGGCACUACAGUGGAUAGCACCAUCACACAUCCAUCUGAGUUUGACUUUUACCUCUGUAGUCAUGCAGGAAUUCAGGGAACCAGCCGUCCUUCCCAUUACCAGGUCUUAUGGGAUGACAACUGCUUCACCGCAGAUGAGCUCCAACUACUAACCUACCAGCUAUGUCACACCUAUGUGCGAUGCACACGCUCCGUCUCCAUUCCAGCUCCCGCAUAUUAUGCCCGGCUUGUAGCAUUCCGGGCAAGGUAUCAUCUGGUGGAUAAGGAUCAUGACAGCGCGGAAGGCAGUCAUGUGUCAGGACAGAGCAAUGGCCGGGAUCCUCAGGCCUUGGCCAAGGCUGUGCAGAUUCACCACGAUACCCAGCACACAAUGUAUUUUGCCUGAGAGUCUCAGAAAAAGAACUCAAUCAAUUUGACACCCCAUGCAGCCUCAAAAUGUUUCAAAUGCCUACCGCCUCUAGAGAGAGCCAAGUUGACUUCAGGUGGUCUACCAGCAGCUCGGAAUAGUUGCACUGAAUCUUUACUUCGCAGCACUGUCUGAUGCAUCAACAAAAUUGAGCCAUUUUUUAAAAGUAAUAGAUACUCCUAGAUUGUCUUCUCUGAUGCACUGGACUGAAUUUUUACCUCAUCAUGCAAAGGCUGAUCAGCCUGAACUUCCUUAAGGACUUUACAAGAAAAGGUUUCUAUGGAAUAUUUUGCUAGCUGUGGUGUUCCCCGCAUCCCUCUAGUCUUCUAAGAGACGAUUAUUCCUUGUUUUCUGUAUUCAUUGAGUGGGGUGUAUGCGUAAGUGGGAGAGAAAAACCAAACAAUCUACUUCAGUUCAGCGUAACUGUUUUAACUGUGGGGGUCCAUAGACUUUUUAAUGGAGAUUUCUGACUUCGCCACUGUAAAUGCCUUUAACGAGCAUUAACUUUUGAAAGUUUUACAGAGUUUUGUUAGUUUUCCUACUUUAUCUUCUUGAUCUCUACAGACUUGUGCUGUGCAAAUACAGGCUGCCAGGCGAUUGCACUAUGUUUGGCUGCAGAUGCAGAACAGGCAGCUCUCUUAUUUGGUUGGCUUUUGUGAAUGUGUAACACAAACAGAUGUAAUGCAUGUCACGGUGACAGAUAACACUGCCAUGGUAAGAGUACUCCUGUUUCCCCCCUCUUUGAAAAAAAAAAAAUUAGCUUUUAGUAUUUUUCAAAGUUUUCAAAAGUGCCCAUUUUAUGCUGCUGUGUGGUUUGUUAGAUCUAAAUGAUUUUUAAACUUUUCUCACAGAAAAUUAACUUUGGCAAUAAACAUUUUUUAAGGUCCCUUUUCUUCCUCCCCCUGACAAUGUAGUUUUCUAGAUGAGAUUUCGGUAUGAUUUUAUCAGCUAUUUCUUAUAGGUCAUAAUCUGGCAACUUCUGAAACUGGUCAGACAAGACAUAUAUUUCCAUGGCUUUUUAAAGAAUUAUUUUUAUCUGUUUUAUAGUCACAGUUGGUGUCCUGUCACUUUGUUUUAAAAUAAGCUAGAACCAGGACGCUUCCUUAUCGGAUAGGCUUUGCCAGUCCUUAAGGUACAUUGAGCGAUGCUGCAACUUGCACAGAUGUACCAGCAUUUAAAACUGUUUUUCCCGGGAAUCAAGGUUACUCACACAAUUAUGUGCAGUGCAAAUUUUUUUGCUUCUCUUUCAACCUGAAAUGUAUUUGGUGGGGUUUCCCUCCUUUCACUAAACUAAAACUGCAUUUAUAGAAGAAAAGUUUGACUUUUCUUAACAGAGUCUAGAUUCCGAUCACAAGGAGAUGAGUUACUUUCUUGGUCCAGACAAAGGGAGCUGAUCUAAAGCAAGCAUCAGUGAACGUGUAGGGGAAAGGAAAGUGUAUUUUGUAUUUAGUGUAGAUAACACUUUGUGAAUGGACAACAGUUACAUAGAGUCUUGGUAGUUCCAGCCAGUGUUUCCCAGCCCAAAUUUUACUGACUUGUGAUUCUCUCUCCGGGAACCUCAGAAGUGAAAGCUGGAGAAGGGGAUAAAAGCCCUAGAACCACACUCCGUAUGGCUGAGGCAGGUGCUGGGGGAAGAGACAGACACAAUGUGGUAAAACGAUUUUGCCACCUCUGUCUGGAAACUGCUGGUGGGGAAACACUGGAUCUGAUGGUGAAGGGUGUUUGCUUGAACUCAUUAGCCGGUCCAAAUCUCUUAAACUAGCCUUCUCAAAAUCCCAGCAAUACAAAGCACUGUUUUUCUUCAGUCUUUUAAAGAAGCUUGUAAAUACAUUGAAGUUUACAUUUCCAUGUGCUGUUGAUCGGUGGCGCCACCAGUAUUUGCUAAGACUGGUCUCUGAGAGUUUUAUAACGUAUACUGAGUCCUGUAGCUCAUUAAGAUGACUGCAGACAUCCUCAUUCUCUGCAUAUAGUGGGAUGAAAGCAAGCUCUGUAACUGAGGCACAACAUAGGCAGGAGCGAAGAGAUGGCAGAUGUUAAUUUCUUAAGAUUUUCCUUUUCUGCAAAUACCUCACUUGGAUACUACAAAUCAGGACAUGUUGGUGAGGGGCUGGCUGCUGCUUUUAUUCACACUUGUUCAGGGAGAGCUCAGAAAAAUAAAUACCCUUCAGCAUGGCUACCCUGGACCCAAGAGGAGGAAAAACAGAAACUUCUUUAGGAGAAGGAGGACUUACUGGCGUCCAGGAUGUGAAGGACUCUUGGUGGCUGGCUGGCUGGCCAGCAGGCACCACACCUGCACUUGAGUGCCUCCGGCUUGCUUGUUAAUAAUGCACAGAAGAAGUGUCACUUCUCACCAUCUCCUGCACGUAUGGAGCAGGGAGCGAGGCGGAAUGCCGGGAAGCCCUGAUUUACUUGCCGGCAGUCGGGCUGUAUGCUUGACCUUGAACUAUACAGUUUGUACAACCUCAGUCAGUCCUAUACACUGGGGCAAAUCAGUGUGGUGGUGGAGGAAAAGCCGGGAGGCCUAUUUUUAUAGGAAACAGUACCUUUAAGGGGGCAAAUGCUGUAGUUUUGGAUGAAAGGAAAAAAAAAUAUGGAAGAACUAGGAUAAUUGGAAAAAACUUGCUGGCGGGGGGGGGGACGGUGAAUCUUUAAGAGGUAAUCGCUGCAGAAUCAGAGUUGCAGCAAUACUGUUGCAAGCAAGUCUAAAUACAUAGUUUCAAUUUGGCUUGACAAUUUGAAUAUGAUAACCCCUUUGGACUGACUGAAUCGUUAUGCAUGUGUCAAUCAAUGGGAGGUGUGCAUUCUCUAGAAGUAGAUUUACUGUUUGGUUUUUUAAAAUGCAGCCUGUUUAGGCACUGUCAUGUGGUGUGAAAGAUUGAAAUGUAGCAAUGCUAAAGAGUAACAAUUAGGGGAUAAGGCACGGGGAUAUUAAGAGAAUGGUGAAGAUCCAAAUGUUGAACUGAUUAUGUUUUGUUGUUAUUGUUGUUCGCUGUUGAACCCUGAGUGGUUGAUAAGGUGAACUAGUGGCUUAAUGCAGCCAGCAGUCUGGGCAGGCAGAACAUAUUCAUUCUUACUGUAAAUUCUAUUUGCUGCUUCCAAAGGUGAUGAUUUAUAAGCAGACAUGUUCUAUAUGGUCUGUAUUUUAGGAUCUGGCACCCAGACUAUAUCAGAGCUUAUCUACCUGGCUCAGCUAUCUACCCUUCCUGUGGGAAAAGGCAAUCCACUGUUUAAGAAGGCUCACUCUCUCUGCCCUGCCCUAGCAACCCUUUGUGGAUGUGCUGUAAGAUUUUCUUGCUCAAUAGCAAGGUGGUAGCUCUGCUUUCAUUUUAAGAAAGUAGAGGCUGAGGGCAUUGUGUCAAUACUGCUUCAACUCCAAGGAUUUUUCCUUGUAAAAUUAAAGGGAAGAUCUUGUUAUUGAUUAACCAUUUUCUUAUCCCUUGCUAUUGACAUUCAUGCUCUUUCUAUGUCUGGUGGCUGAAAAUGUUUGCAUUUGUUCAUUUGACUAAUGGUGUAAUUUUGGUUUCUAUAUUGUUAGACCUGUAAUGUUUUAAAAUGUAUUUUAUUAACUCUGGACUGGAUGUAUGUCUCUAGCAAUACGAGGUACUUUCUAAACUAUUAAGGGAGGGGUGGUAUCCCCAUGUUAAGACAAGAUGAUGGUUGUUUAAAUUUUGCAUUUUUUUUUUUUUUUUGGCCUGCAGGGAUAUUUUGUGUUCAUGUGUCCAAAAGAGAAUAAAUUGGCAUUCUUGUGCCAAAAGUUGUU